UGGGAAAGCCAAAGCCGAAGGAGACACAGACACGGGAAGCAGAGCCACCGCGAGCGGAGACUCUCCCAGGGACCGGCUUCCACCGUCACGGACCACCACCAGCGCCACCGGAUCUCGUUCCUCUUCGUUCCGGGAUUCCCUGCUCCUAUGGAUCACAGGUGGCACAACAGCAAACAGGAAAGUAUCCCCAGAGAUAAGCGCCAUCUCGAUGCAGACCAGGAAUCUGUGAUUGAAGAUCUGGCGGGGGGCUUCUUCUUACCCAUUAACCACAGACCCACAGAGAAUGUGGAUCUGGACAAUGUUGAGCAAGCAUCACUUGAAACCAAGCUGACAGCAUCUAAUGUUGGUUUCAGACUUCUUCAGAAGAUGGGAUGGAAAGGAAAAGGACUCGGGAAGAACGAGCAAGGAAUUGUUGAGCCAAUCAAAUCGGGAAUUAGAGAUCCAAAGUUAGGGAUUGGAAAGCAAGAGGAAGAUGACUUUUUCACUGCUGAAGAAAAUAUCCAACGCAAGAAGCUUGAGAUUGAAGUUGAGGAAACUGAAGAGCAUGCAAAGAAGCGUGAGGUGCUAGCAGAACGGGAGCAGAAAAUUCAAACCGAGGUGCAAGAAAUCAGAAAGGUGUUCUAUUGUGACCUAUGCAAAAAGCAAUACAAAUUGGCUAUGGAAUUCGAGGUUCACCUUAGUUCAUAUGAUCAUAAUCACCGAAAGAGAUUUAAAGAAAUGAGAGAGAUGCAUGGUAGUAGCAGUCGGGAUGAUCGACAAAAGCGAGAAUUGCAGCGACAGGAAAGAGAAAUGGCUAAGUUUGCGAAAAUGGCAGAUGCACAUAAACAGCAGCAGCUUCAGCCACGAGAGGAAGAAUCUGGAUCUUCAGCACAAGUUUCCUGUUCAGUGAAAACUAUUGUUGAUCAGGAUCAGCGCAAGGCAUUGAAAUUCGGGUUUGCCUCUAAAAGUGGCACUUUAAAGUCGACUCCUGCUAGUGUUGGUAAGAAGCCAAAAGUGGCUCUUGCCUCUGUUUUCAACGAUGAUAGCGAGGAAGAGCAGUGAGCAUUGAGGAAGUCUGGCGAUUCACAUGUACCAGAGAGCCACCUUUCUGUAGAAGAAGUGCACAUUGUGUACCACUAUUGUGUAGAAAAGAACACAGAGCAGAACUAUCACUUGGUUCCUACUGUUUCGGACUUAUAGUAACUUGUUAUGUGAGUGGAUGACGAAGCUUUAUUUUGGCAGUAGAAAUGCUCCUGGAAAGAAUGGUUUUUGUUCUUAUGUUGAUAGCGAGUAAAG